CGCAGGCUCCAGGGCUGAGCCGGAGGAGGGAAAGGCUGGAAGGAAGAGCGACAGCUUAGAGGGAAAGAGGCUUGGGAAGGAAACAGCAGGAAAGAAACUGCUCAUCACACCUGCAGCGAGUCAAAGGACCGUGGGAAUGAGGACGGAGAGAGACAAGACUGUGGAAGCCAAAAAAUACAAAUAGAGCGAAAGAGGAAGGAAGAAGAAGAAAAAAAAUGCCUAGAACAUUCAUCCGGAGAAAUGAAGAGAAUGAAAGUUUUAUGCUGCAGAGCCGUUAUAUGCUUUUCCGGCACAACAUUCUCUCCCUGCUUUUAAGCCCUUUGGCAUUUGCCCGCCGUUGACAUUAAGAGGCAUGUUCAGCGGUGCCGGCAGCAUCUCCUCUUCCUUCUCCUCUUCCUCUUCAUCCUCCUCCUCCUUUCCCUCCUCCUUCGCCUCCCAUCAGCAGGAAGACAAACCGAGGACAGUCUUGAAAUAUCGAAAUUUCCUCCUUGGGAUUUGCCAGCGUCGCGUUGCGCCAAGACUGUCGGAAUAAAGGACGCUGACUAUUGUAUUAUUAUUUUAUUAAUUGGUCAGUGGGAAGAUUACAGAUGAGGAAAGGGGACGCCUGCCACUCUUCCUGCGCAAAGAUUGAAAAAUGAGGCUGACCUGGGGGAAGCCCUAAAAUGAAGCAAAAAGAAUAAGAUUUUUAAGGACAGAAAGCCACAGGAUCCCCCCCCCCCCCACACGUAGAACACUUUUAUUUGUAUUUAAUUUUUUUUUUUCUCGAGCCGGUGGGGGAGGUGACUGGCGGGCUGCGGGAAGCUGCUUCCUUCCCCGUUGGAGAUGAUUGUGCUAUUAUUUUUUGCCUUGCUCUGGAUGGUGGAAGGGGUGUUUUCCCAGCUUCACUACACGGUGCAGGAGGAGCAGGAGCAUGGCACUUUCGUGGGUAACAUCGCGGAAGAUCUGGGCCUGGACAUUACAAAACUUUCGGCUCGCAGGUUUCAGACGGUGCCCAACUCUCGGACCCCAUACUUGGACCUCAACCUGGAGACCGGGGUGCUGUACGUGAACGAGAAGAUCGACCGGGAGCAAAUCUGCAAGCAGAGCCCCUCCUGCGUCCUGCACCUGGAGGUGUUCCUGGAGAACCCCUUGGAGCUGUUCCGGGUGGAGAUCGAAGUGCUGGACAUCAAUGACAACCCCCCCUCCUUCCCGGAGCCGGACCUGACCGUGGAGAUCUCCGAGAGCGCCACGCCGGGCACCCGCUUCCCCUUGGAGAGCGCCUUCGACCCAGACGUAGGCACCAACUCCCUGAGGGACUACGAGAUCACCCCCAACAGCUACUUCUCCCUGGACGUGCAGACCCAGGGGGAUGGCAACCGGUUCGCCGAGCUGGUGCUGGAGAAGCCGCUGGACCGAGAGCAGCAAGCGGUGCACCGUUACGUGCUGACCGCGGUGGACGGGGGAGGCGGGGGAGGAGGAGGAGGAGGAGGCGGCGAAGGAGGGGGAGGCGGCGGGGGAGGGGGCCUGCCCCCCCAGCAGCAGCGCACCGGCACGGCCCUACUCACCAUCCGAGUACUAGACUCCAACGACAACGUGCCCGCCUUCGACCAGCCCGUCUACACGGUGUCCCUGCCCGAGAACUCGCCGCCGGGCACGCUGGUGAUCCAGCUCAACGCCACCGACCCAGACGAGGGCCAGAACGGCGAGGUCGUGUACUCCUUCAGCAGCCACAUCUCCCCCCGGGCGCGGGAGCUCUUCGGGCUGUCCCCGCGCACAGGCCGGCUGGAGGUGAGCGGGGAGCUGGACUACGAGGAGAGCCCGGUGUACCAGGUGUACGUGCAAGCCAAGGACCUGGGCCCCAACGCCGUGCCCGCGCACUGCAAGGUGCUGGUGCGGGUGCUGGAUGCGAACGACAACGCGCCGGAGAUCAGCUUCAGCACCGUGAAGGAGGCGGUGAGCGAGGGCGCGGCGCCCGGCACGGUGGUGGCUCUGUUCAGCGUGACCGACCGCGACUCGGAGGAGAACGGGCAGGUGCAGUGCGAGCUGCUGGGGGACGUGCCGUUCCGCCUCAAGUCUUCCUUCAAGAAUUACUACACCAUCGUGACCGAGGCCCCCCUGGACCGCGAGGCGGGGGACUCCUACACCCUGACCGUGGUGGCCCGGGACCGGGGCGAGCCGUCGCUCUCCACCAGCAAGUCGAUCCAGGUGCAAGUGUCCGAUGUGAACGACAACGCGCCGCGGUUCCACCAGCCGGUCUACGACGUGUAUGUGACCGAGAACAACGUGCCGGGCGCCUACAUCUACGCCGUGAGCGCCACGGAUCGCGACGAGGGCGCCAACGCCCAGCUGGCCUACUCGAUCCUCGAGUGCCAGAUCCAGGGCAUGAGCGUCUUCACCUACGUGUCCAUCAACUCCGAGAACGGCUACCUGUACGCCCUGCGCUCCUUCGACUACGAGCAGCUCAAGGACUUCAGCUUCCAGGUGGAAGCGCGGGACGCCGGCAGCCCCCAGGCGCUGGCGGGCAACGCCACCGUCAACAUCCUCAUCGUGGACCAGAACGACAACGCCCCGGCCAUCGUGGCGCCCCUGCCCGGGCGCAACGGGACGCCCGCGCGCGAGGUGCUGCCGCGCUCGGCCGAGCCGGGCUACCUGCUGACUCGAGUGGCCGCGGUGGACGCUGACGACGGGGAGAACGCCCGGCUCACCUACAGCAUCGUGCGGGGCAACGAAAUGAACCUCUUCCGCAUGGACUGGCGCACCGGGGAGCUCCGCACCGCUCGCCGGGUGCCGGCCAAGCGCGACCCCCAGCGGCCUUACGAGCUGGUGAUCGAGGUGCGCGACCACGGGCAGCCACCCCUGUCCUCCACCGCCACCCUGGUGGUGCAGCUGGUGGAUGGCGCUGUCGAGCCCCAGGGCGGGGGCGGGGGCGGGGGCGGGGGGUCGGGGGAGCACCAGCGCCCCAACCGCUCCGGCGGCGGGGAGACCUCGCUGGACCUCACCCUCAUCCUCAUCAUUGCGCUGGGCUCGGUGUCCUUUAUCUUCCUGCUGGCCAUGAUCGUGCUGGCCGUGCGCUGCCAAAAAGAGAAGAAGCUCAACAUCUACACGUGUCUGGCCAGCGACUGCUGCCUCUGCUGCUGCUGUGGCAGCGGGGGCUCGACCUGCUGCGGCCGCCAAGCCCGGGCUCGCAAGAAGAAACUCAGCAAGUCGGACAUCAUGCUGGUGCAGAGCUCCAACGUAACCAGCAACCCGGCCCAGGUGCCCGUGGAGGAGUCCGGGGGCUUUGGCUCCCAUCACCACAACCAGAAUUACUGCUACCAGGUCUGCCUGACCCCUGAGUCCGCCAAGACCGACCUGAUGUUCCUUAAGCCCUGCAGCCCCUCUAGGAGUACGGACACUGAGCACAACCCCUGCGGGGCCAUUGUCACUGGCUACACUGACCAGCAGCCCGACAUCAUCUCCAACGGAAGCAUUUUGUCCAACGAGACUAAACAUCAGAGAGCAGAGCUCAGCUAUCUAGUUGACAGACCUCGCCGAGUUAACAGUUCUGCAUUCCAGGAAGCGGACAUAGUAAGCUCUAAGGACAGUGGUCAUGGAGACAGUGAGCAGGGAGAUAGUGAUCAUGAUGCCACCAACCGUGGCCAGUCAGCUGGUAUGGAUCUGUUCUCCAACUGCACCGAGGAAUGUAAAGCCCUGGGCCACUCGGAUCGGUGCUGGAUGCCUUCUUUCGUCCCUUCGGAUGGACGCCAGGCUGCCGAUUACCGCAGCAACCUGCACGUCCCUGGCAUGGACUCUGUUCCAGACACCGAGGUGUUUGAAACUCCGGAGGCGCAGCCGGCGGCAGAGCGGUCCUUCUCCACCUUCGGCAAAGAGAAGGCCCUUCACAGCACGCUGGAGAGGAAGGAGCUGGACGGACUGCUGUCUAGUACACGAGCGCCUUACAAACCGCCCUAUUUGACACGGAAAAGGAUAUGCUAGUCAAUUCUACAGGACUUCCCUGAAGCAGCAUGAUUUGCACAAAGUCGACCAACAAAAGCAUCAACUUUUCAACUUCAUUAUCUUGGCCAUCCAGUUAGUUGUGUGUAACUGAGUAUUAGAUUGCCUCCGCAGUCAUCCUGGCCAAUCAUAGGACCUCCUUGCUCUCAGCAGGCCUGAGAAAUGAGUUGAAAUGUGCAGAACUGUAGAAACUUUAGGCAACUGAUUUUGCCUCUCCGAUCAGUGUGUGCCUGUUUACAGCACUAUAUAUCUUACUCUCUCCAAAUGUCACUGAGCCCUUUAGAUGUUUAUAUUCACCACGAGAAGCCAGUCAUAAGGAUAAAGGAAAUUUGUGCAUUAUAAAUGCAAUAUCACUGUUUUAAACUUGACUGUUUUAUAUUAUUUUUGUGUGAUCAAGUGUUCCCCAAACUAUUCCAACUUUACAAGAAAGAUUGUGAUUAUGUUCUUUUCACCUGUGGGUUACAAAAAAAAUGUUAUAUUCUGAAGUCCCACAAGUUAUCAAAGACAUUCUGUAGUUUAUACACCGUGUUGCAAAGUGUUUACUGUACUAUUUCAAAGCUUCUAAAUAAAUAUAAAAUAUAUAUAUUAUAUUAUAUAAUUUUCCUAAAAUGUGGUACAACUCAGUUGGUUUUUAAAUGGAUUCAUACAGUCCACAUCAUACAAUAAAGUAAAAAGGUAAUUCAGGGUCCCAAAGAUGAACUUACUAAUAAAAAAAAUAAGCAUUAGUAGUUUCCUCCCAGUUUUCAUCUUAUUCAACCCUGUUUUUCCUUGUUUAAAAGAAAAAGAAGCUCUAAGCUACAAAAAUUUUGUCUAGAACUUGUACUGAAUUUUCAAUGCCAAAGAUAUAGCUGUCGAUGUUAUCAGAGAACCACUGAACAUGUACUAUCAAAAUACCUAACAAUCUACAUUAUUUCGAUUCUAUUUCUAUGGCUUUGAAUUUAGAAUCAUUUAAAGCUUUUAUAAAGACUCUAUACAUUCAUCCGUAUUUGUUGUUAGAAGAAAAUCACUGGGUGUCUGUACAUUUUUUGGUGUAAAAUAUGUUAUUGAAGAUGACUAUUUUAAGAAGUCCUCAAUCAUAGAACUCACACAGAAUUUUAUUUUACAUAGUUUUGCAUAGUUUUGUGACUUCAAAUAACACAUGCAUAUAAAAUCUAUUUAUAACUCUAUAUGAACAUAUAGAGAUAUAUAAAUCUCUGAACUGGUAAUGAAUAACUGUAACAUAUAAAGAACCUCUAAAUUUAAAGCAAAUUUAAUAAAUUUGGAGAUAGAAACAUGGUACAUCAUUGGCUCAGUAUUAUCCUAUGUGUGAAAAUUUUAUAGCUUAAGUGUAGUCAGUGUUGUAUUAAUGAGAAAAUUCUUCAUGUGUCAGCCUUGAAAACUGAAACCUGUCAUUUACUUUAUGUCAAAAAGGUUAAUUACUAAAUUCAGUAGAAUUCAUUUUUCCUCUACAUAUAUCACUUUUUCUACUGUUUAUUGCUUAUUGAAACACAAUUGAGAGAGAGAAAAACUAGAGGAUGUGAGAUAACCUUCUAAACAAAAAACAGAAUUGUCACAGAUUCCCAUUAAACACACACACAUACACAACCUUCAACAUUAUAGCUAAAGCUUUGCCCAAUCUAAAUUACAGGCCCACUUUGAAACAUUUCCCUUAAUUUUUAACUGAUCUUAUUUUCAAUGAUAGUUUGAGCUAUGCUAUGUUAAUGUAAACAUAAAUGUUUUCCAACGCAUUUUAUAUCAUUUAAAUGGGAAUAUUUUCCUUAGAUUUAACAUUAAAAUGCAUACAUAUGUUCAUAGGUCCUUGAUGUGAAUAGUUGAGUGAUAUCUUAGUAUCAGUUAUUUGUCUGUCAUUGAAUUAAAUAUUUAUGUCAUAAUCACAAUCAGUUUAUAUAACAAAAUAAUGUGCUCAUUGUUCUAGUCUUUUAGGGACCCUUUAAAAAUAUAAAGUUAUUUCAUCAAAUGUGAAACAAAAAGCACAUAUAUUCAUUAAGUGCAGCAGUAAAAAUUUAUCAAAAAUUUGGCAUUACUACAUUAAUAUUUGGAAUGAUGGGCUAUUUUAGUAAGAAUAUGUUUCUAUAUAAUUUAACUUAAAAAGUGUGUUUCUUACAAUUGCUUUUUUAAAAAGAAAAUUAUUUUUUGUUGAAUCACCCUGUUUUAAUUAAAAACUUUCAUUUAUCAUUUUACAAUUAUGGGAAAAACCCAUAUCCAUCUGUCUUAUUAUGUGUGUUGAAAAUAAGGUUAUACCCACUUUAUAUAUAAUGGCUAUAUUAAUUCAUUUGACUUAUUUUUUCUUAUUAUUUAGCCCUUUAUAUUAUUGUAUAUAAUCUCCUUUGAACCAGCUUCUUAUAUCAUAUAUUUGUGCAUUCGUUUUUAAAUAUAUCGUAUUAAUCAGUAAUACUAAUUUUCAUUUUAUUAUAAGGCUACAGAAACAAAAACAACAAAACUUUUACCUAAUUGUGAGACAAAUAGAAUUAUUUAAACAUGACAUUCUAACUGAUUAGGUUAUUAAUCAACUACUACAUUUGGAAUAAAUCAGAAAUUACAACAGAAUAAGGUAUGAUUUUAGUACAUUGGCUAAAAUGUCACAUGUUAAUGAAGGGGACUAUUUAAUAGAAAAUGCAACCAACCAAUAAUUGAAGGUUUCCAAAUAAGCAUUUAUUAGAUUUACAUGCAAAGAAUUGUACAAUAGUUUUUCUAUUUACUUUAGUCAUCCUAAUAUCAAAUUUUCAUAAUUUUAUAUAUAUCAAAUAAAUAACAUCCAAAUUAUAACCCAGUAUUUCAUCAAUAAUUUAUUUCAGAAAAAGAAUAAUUAUGAUAUUUACUCCUUGUUAACAUAGUUAGUUUUAGAGUAGUAAAAAGUCAAAAUAUUUUCCUGUGGAAACAGUGUCUUAAUGUUUCAAUGGUAUGUCAAAUGACAACUUCUAGAAAUAUUUCAGCCACAUGUAAAAUUCUAAUUUGUAACUGUGAAUAUAAUUAUGUGAAAUCAUUUUAAGUCA